CAGCAAAGAAAGGGGGACACAAUACUAGAAAACACAACUUUGCUGGGUGAUCAGAUCUCGAGUUUGACGUGUACUUGCUGCGGGCCACAGACAAAAAGUUGACAGCGGUCAGAUACGAGGGCGGUGAGGUGUCGCAGCCUGUGUCGAAGCCCGAGCAAGCUCCAUCGUCUUGCAGCUGGGAUCUGGACUCCCGGCGUGGAGCGUGAGACUGACUGCUAGCCCAAGGUGAAUUGUGCAUCUUUGCCCAGCCACCGAUUUCCGCGGCGCCAUCCACGCCUCACUAAAUGCCCGACCAGACCUCUUCUCAUUUUCCCUCUUUACCCUUUUCAAUCUUCUACAUCAAUCCGAGCGAACCUGUGCAGAUUGACAUUCCACAGCAAAUCUUUGAUCGUCGUUGUCAAAAGAUCGUCGGCGUCAGUGAACUACUUUAAACUGACAGGCGCGACCCAGCGCCACUUACACACAGAGCCUGGGGCCCGGUCGACGACUCUAACCCAACCUCAACACCAUCAUCGUCAGCUGCAGAACACAUUACGAUCGAUACCAAAGCCAUUGCCUCGAACUCGGCACAAUGCGUUCUACUUCAUUUCUGGGUCUGCCUUCCUCGCUCUUGCUGCUCACCGCAGCAUGCAUCAACGCAGAGCACCCUGCGGUCAUCCGCAAAAUGUCACCAAACGCCGGGGAGAAGCUCCUGCCCAAUGACCUCGCCUUCACCGAGAACGACGUCUUUGGGACAAUAAACACAACUCCGCUCUCGCCCCGCGAAGAGCUUCUUGCCGCUCGCAUGGCCGACGACAACUUUCUGUCCAACUCCUCGUUUUCAUACCGACCACCUUUUGCGGAACAUCAUGACAGCAUUACUAGCACGGGCUGGGAGAGCCUUAGGCGCGCCGUUGAGGCGCUUCACAUCCUCGAGAAGAGGCAAUCUUGCCCGACAACUAUGAACAGCUGCGAUUACAUCGGAGCGGCGAACAAGUGCUGCCUGAGCAACGAAGUGUGUGUCAAGGUAGUCGAUGAGCACGUUGGGAACGUCGCCUGUUGCCCCAAGGGCGCUGCUUGCAGUGGAGCCGUUGCGGCAUGCCCCAGCGGUACCACCAGCUGUGAUGCGGAGCUGAGUGGUGGAUGUUGCAUCCCGGGAUAUGUCUGUCAAGGCGUUGGCUGUGUACCAAGUCCUCCCCCGGCGACGAGUGCCUCACCAACUCAGACGGCCACAGGCACUGGCGGAGGAGGAGGAGGAGGAGGAGGCGGAGGAGGAGCAGGCACGACAGUCGUACAGACCAUCACCACGACGUCCGUCUCGACAACGACGCUCGUUGACGGGAGAACCACGACCGUACAUGUGACGGUCAUCGUGACAGUGGGCGGCGCGACUACGAGGAGAACUACGACGAGCACAACCUCUGACGAGCCCUCGACCACGGCUCCGGAGCCUACGACGACGACAACAGGUACCGCAGUGCCUCCUUUCCGACCGACAUCCACCGACUCAGACGAGCCGCCAGUCACAUCCGCGUACUGCCCGACUGGAUUCUACGCCUGUCUCGCCCGCGCCGGGGGAGGCUGCUGCCAGACUGGCCGCGACUGCGCCACGACUUCGUGCCCGCCCACAGAAUCGACCACCAUCGUUAGCAACGGCGUCACCGUCGUCGUUCCCCUCACCGAGGUGCCGGAGCCCCAGGCGACCGAGACCUGCGCGAGCGGCUGGUUCUUGUGCGGCUCCGAGGGCGGUCCUGUUCCUGGCUGCUGCCCGAGCGGGUAUGAGUGUGGCACCGCGAGCUGCUCGAGUAUCUCACCGACACGCACUGGCGAGAUCCAGAAGCAUUUCCCCAACUCGGGGGGUGCAAGAGGUGGGGUGUCGUUGGCUGCCAUGGCCAUCUCCCUUAUGGUUGCGUUAUUUUGAUUCACAGCAUCAUUGCAUUGGGUGGCGUUUAUAGACUGGAGUUUCAAAGGCACUGAAGAUGGAGUUCAUUCAAAAUUCGGAAGAAACGAGGAAAUGAGAAUAGGACGGUCAGGGGAACGUAUACGAGGGACGUCCAAUGGCACUGGUCACAAUGAAUAAGACAGG